GACAUUGUGGAGGAAAAAAAAAAAGAAAAAACAGAGGGAGGGCACUGAGAGAUCCAACGAUUGAGAAAUACAGGGGCGGGUAAAUACCAAAAUCUCAGUUAAUGAGAAGCUGGUGUCAGAGCAGGCAAAGAAAUAGGAGCUACACAAUGGAGUGCUACGUCUUUUCAAUACUGCUCCUGAUCUUGACUGAGGGAUCAGCUUCUUCAGUGGACGACGGAUUCUUAAUCUCAGCCCCUGGAGUGUUUCAUGUGGGUGUUAACAAGAAAGUGUCUGUCCAGAUGGGAAAGACUUAUCUCAACAUUCCUGUUACUCUUUACUUGGAGCAUGAAGCUAGCGCUACUAUAGUGUCCGAGAAGAAAACAACUCAAUGUACUGUGGAAGGAGAGGUCAAUACAGUUGAGCUCAUGAUAGACAAGGAAAAAAUGUCAAGAUUCCUAAAAAAUUAUGAACACUCCUACCUUUUGCUGGUGGCAAAGUUCUCCGACCAAGAUUUAAAGAAGACGCAUGUCCUGGUAUCAAAACGCAGGGGCAAUAUCUUCAUUCAGACUGAUCAGCCAAUCUACAACCCAACUCAGAAAGUGAAAUACAGGAUAUUCACUCUUGACCACUCAUUCAGGCCUCAUGACGAAUUGUUCCAGAUAUCAGUAUUUAAUGCUGCUGGAAACAGAGUAAUUAAGUCCCUUAGGACUGCAAAGGGAGGAAUUCUCCAAGACUACUUCUUCAUUCCCGAUGUCUCUAAAAUGGGCACAUGGAAGAUUACAGCACACUAUAAAGACGAUGAAGCAAAUGCUGCUUCCCGAGAGUUCAAAGUCCAAAGAUUUGUUUUACCAAGUUUUGAGGUGAACAUCGGAAUGGAACAGCGCUAUGUUUUGUUGAGUGCUGAACAGUUUGACUUCACCAUCUCAGCAAGGUAUUCACAUGGUGAGAGAGUUAAAGGGGCUUACCACUGCCAAUUCGGAUUCAUGAAAACAGGUCCAGCCCCUGGUCUAAAAACAAAGCCUGACUUUAUCAGGGGACUGGAGUUGACUGGUUCGGUCACAGAUGGAACUGCAAAAGCUUCUCUCCAGAUUGCUGACUUACAGGAGCACUUCCAAAAACAGCAGAACAGAAACCUGUCUGAUUUAACACAAAGUGGAGCACGACUCUACUUGGGAGUAUUCGUCACCAACAUACAAAGUGGUGAAAUACAAGAGGCAGAAAUUUACCUUCCUAUUGUCUCCCACAAAUACAUCAUUGAUGUCUCUCAGACUCGCCCAUAUUUUCAUCCUGGAUAUCCACUAGAUAUGAAGGUGAUCAUACGUUUGCCAGAUGGCUCCCCAACAGCUGGUGUGCCAGUAAAGAUUGAUGUAUUACCAUCCUCUGAAGAAUCUUGGCAAGGCACCACUGACCAGGAGGGGGCAGUGUUUCCUGUGUUUAAUAUUCCCAAUACUUUUUGGGUUGCCAUUAAAGUGUCUGCAGAUGGCCUUGAACGACAGGGAAACAUUUACCGUGCUUCACGAUGGAGGGGCAUCAGCUUCCUUUACAUGACCUUUAACAACAAAAUCUAUUCUGUGGGCGAGUUCCUGACAGUAAAUUACAACACCAUCAAUGGCCCAGGACAGGGGUUUAUAUACUACAUGGUCCUAAGCCGUGGGAUCCUAAUAAGACAGGGUUCUCUCAGAUUUGGUACUGCAGUUAAACACAACCUGCAGAUAACGUCUGAUAUGGUGCCAUCCUUCCGUCUGAUUGGCUACUACUACAAUGAGCGUGGUGACAUCAUUGCUGACUCGGUAUGGAUAGAUGUCAGGGAUGAAUGUGAGAUAAAGGUCAAGGUAGAAGAAAAAGGACCGUUUGUACCUGGAAGGAAAACCAAGCUAGAAUUUGAUUUACAUGGUCAAAGAGCCAGAGUGGCUUUACUGGCUGUGGAUAAAGCCAUCUACGCUCUCAAUGCUGAUAAUAAACUCACAGCCAAAGAGGUGUUUUCCACCAUGCAAUCGUAUGACCUUGGUUGCCCACAUCUUCGAAGACUUAACCCAGAUUCUGCACUAGUAGAUGCUGGCCUGUCUUUUGUGUCUCAAUCUGAAGCAGUGUGGAAAAAGAAUCUUGCCUGUGAUUCAGAAUUUGCACGACAAAGGCGCGCUGUGGACCUUCAACAAGAAAUGAUGGCACUAAAAUCAAACUUUUCUGAUGAAAAGCUUCAGGACUGUUGUGUUCGUGGGUUUUCUCUCAUCCCUAUGAUACGGACGUGUCAGGAUAGAGCAAAGAGAGUCUCUCUGUUGGAAGCAAAUCCUCACUGUGCAAAUGUCUUUUUAAAAUGCUGCCUUGAGGGAGAGCGUCUUAGACAAAAAAAGAUACAAGAGGACACCCAGAACGGACUUGGCAGGACUGCAAGCACAGCUGACAUUGAAGAGUUCUUUUUUGACCCUGCUGCUCAGUACAUUCGACGUAAAUUCCCUCCAAGCUUUGAAUUCAGAGAAUUUGAUGUAAAUGGCAAAGAAAGCUAUUCUUUGGCUCUACCUGAUUCCAUCACCACAUGGGAGUUUCAGGUCGUCACUUUGUCUGCAGAGACUGGUUUCUGUGUAGUUAAGCCGUCUGAGUUCAGAGCAUUUAAGAGAGUAUUUGUGUCUCUGAGACUGCCUUUCUCAGUGAAGAGAUAUGAGCAACUAUCCAUUUCACCUGUUAUUUACAACUAUGGCCAUAAAAGACUACAGGUGGCAGUUCAUAUGGAACAAACUACAGGACUUUGCUCCCCUGGCUCAGCUACCAGUACAGCUUUUGUUAACAUUACUGUGGAGCCAGAGUCUUCCCAGUUUGUGUCCUUCAGUGCCGUCCCCAUGGUACCCGGCGAAAUACCCAUCAAAAUACGUCUUUAUGAUAUAGAGAAUGAGAUGGGAAUUGAUGCAGUUGAGAAAAAAUUGAAUGUGUUGGCAGAAGGCAUUGAAAAGAGAGUAGAAGAAACCCAAGUGCUUAAAUUAGAUGGGAGGAGCACUAAGACUAUCACUAUUGACGGAUCUUUACCAGCUGACACAGUCCCCGACUCCAGCUCCAACAUUUUUAUUUCAGUGGAAGGGGAUGGAUUUGGCAGUUCACAUGCGAAGAACCUUCUCUCUCCUCAUAAGGUUGCUGGCCUAAUCGUACUGCCUACAGGAUGUUUAGAACAGACCAUGACAGGACUGGCCCCUACAGCAUCAGCCGUCCGCUACCUUGACCUGAGUGAGCAAUGGUUCGACCUGCCUGCUGGUAGCAGAGAUGAUGCUCUUGAUAAAAUUGAGCAAGGUUAUAUGAGGGUUUUAACAUACAAGGAAAAAGAAGAUGGAUCGUACAGAGCAUUUCUUUCAACGUCACCUAGUAAUUGGUUGACUGCCCUUGUAGUGAAAGUGCUAUCGUUGGUGGCACAGCGUCAGUCAGUGGCUUUUGGAGAGCAGGGCAGAACGGCCAGGGUUGUACCAGAAGAAGAGAUCAGGCAAUCAGUCAGUUACUUGCUCUCAGUACAGAAGACUGAUGGGUCAUUCGAUGACCCAGAACAAGUGCUUCACAGAGGAGUAAUGAACGGCAAAGACGAAGACGCAUCUAUGACGGCUUUCAUAACUCUUGCACUGAAACAGUCCCUUCAAUUCCUGCAAAUUGAACUGAGAAAUGAUGCGGAAGCAAGCAUUUCAAAUGCAACAGAAUAUCUCCUGUCAAACCUCGAGGAGCUUCAACAUCCCUACGCUGUUGCCAUCACAGCCUACUGCCUGGCAGUUUGUCUGCCACAGGGAACAGAUCGUUCAUCUGCCUGGACUAAACUUCAAGCACUAGCUACUGAAGGGAAGAACGGCUGUUAUCUGUGGACAGCUAAUGCCAACCAGCAGAAUAAGGAAAGGGCGGAUGGCAUUACAGUAGAGACUACAGCCUAUGCCCUCCUCACUGCAGUGGAACUUGGGCAUACCGAGUGGGCAGACAAAACAGCCUGCUGGUUAACCACCCAAGAAAACUACUUUGGAGGCUACAAAUCAUCACAGGAUACCAUCAUGGCAUUGGAAGCACUUGCGGAGUAUGAGAUAAAGAGGUCCAUCAGUCCUGAUGCAAAUCUGAUUGCAGAGUUCACAGUCCGAGGAAAGAGAGACAUUGUAAAGCUUGCAUUGGAAAAUAAGAAGGAGAAGGUGGAAACAGACCUCAAGAAAUUUUCAGGGAGCAACAUAAAUGUGCAGUUGACAGGAAAAGGCGAUACCAAGCUGAAAAUUCUAAAAGCUUACCAUCAAAUGGACCCCAAGGACGAUUGUGAUCAAGUGUCUAUCAGAGUCACAGUGGAGGGAAAAGUGAAGUACACUGCUAAGGUCAUAGAAAAUUAUGAGUACUAUGACAACUACGAUAACAACCAGGACGUGGUGGAGGAGGACGUGGUGGAGAAGGACAUGCGAGUGCCGCGAUCAGCGAUUGAGUGGUUUGAUGCUCGCACCCGAAACAGGAGAGAUGUUGGUAACGAUGUAAAGUCAGAUGAGACUCUCACCUACACAAUCUGUGUCAGUCACAGCCCGAACACCAAUCUCACAGGAAUGGCCAUUGCUGACAUCACACUGCUAAGUGGAUUUGAGGCUGUAACUCAAGACCUGGACAGGCUAAAAGACGAACCUGAACGGUACAUUUCCCAUUAUGAGGUCUCCUAUGGAAGAGUGCUGCUCUACUUCAAUGAGCUCCUCCAGUCAGAGGAAUGCAUUAGUUUUGAUGCUAUACAGAGAGUACCAAUUGGCCUUCUACAGCCUGCUCCAGCUGUGUUCUAUGAUUAUUAUGAACCAAACAGAAAGUGUACCGUGUUCUACUCUGCCCCCCAAAGAAGCAAGGUGGUCUCCAAACUGUGUUCAGAGGAUGUGUGCCAGUGUGCAGAAAGACCCUGUCAUAAAAUACAAAAUACAUUCCAAUUGAAAAGUGGUCGAACAAACACGAAUCCCCGUUCAACCCAUGCUUGCUUUUUCCCUAGAGUAGAUUACGCAUACAUUGUUGAAGUCCUCAAUGUUUCCAUGAAGAGUAACUUUGAGCUGUACAAAAUGAAAGUAAACGAGGUCCUCAGAUCCCAUGGCGAUAUCCUUGUGGGUGAGAAUUCUGUUCGAGUGUUUGCUAAGAGGCGUCACUGUAAAGGACAGCUUGAACUGGGAAAACAGUAUCUCAUCAUGGGCAAAGAUGGCUCUACAACCGACUCGUAUGGAGGGAUGCAGUAUCUGCUGGAGUCAAACACCUGGGUUGAAAGAAAGCCUUUGCAGGAAGAAUGCAAAAAAUCUGCACAUAGAGCUGCCUGCACUGGGUUUACUACGUUUACAGAUGAUUACAAGAUAAAUGGCUGCAGACAGUGAAACAGACAAAUCUGUUUCAUUUGACUUACAUUUUCAGUUACUGUAUCUCAGUUACAGUAGUUUCCCAUGAGAUACACAGUAAGCAUGGGUGUUUAGAGCUUGUUUUGUACUGUUUAUUAUCAGUCAUGAAGGCGUAGUAUUGCCAGCAGUGGCGGAGAAAGUAUUCAGAUCCUUGACCAAAGCAAAAAUACUAAUACCACACAGUAAAAAUACUCCAUUACAAGUAAAAGUGCUGCAUUGAAAAUGUUACUUAAAAGGAGCUCUAGACAGAGAUUCACACAGCUCUCAACAUGGGGGUGGCGAGUUGAGUAGGCGGCUAGCAUCUAACGGUGCUAACAGUCAAACCGUGCUAACAACAGUGAGUGUUGACAGAGCUAAUGGUGUUAGCCUGGGGGGCAAACUAAACGGGGGUGCUACAGUUCCCUGAUGACACCAUCGCCAUUAUCAGUGGCAACCACCGUAUGUGCACAAUGUAAAGCGGUGUCAAUUAGCUAACCAAUGGGAUACACAUUCACAUGCACUCACAUACACCAACAUGCAUGCACAGCUAAACGGUCUCCCAAAGCACCAAACAGGGAAGCUUGGAUUACAACACACAGAGGAAGUGUGACUUUAUUCUGUGCUCAGGACGCCAUUUCUCCACUGUAUCUGUACUUUGCAAAUAGUGAUUUGCUGCUAUCUUAAUGUUCUGAAAGUCAUAUAGAGCUUUUUGACUAUAAUCAGGAAAAUGUACUUAAGAGUAUGACAAGUUUAAGUCAUUAAAAUUCAAAGGAGAAACAGAAAAUCAUCACAUUUGUGAAGCUGCAAAUAUAAAAUGUUUUUGCAUUAAAUUAAACAAUAAUUUCCAGCUAACUAUCUGUCAAUCAAAGACUUAUUUCAACUAUACUACAGUAUACUGUUUGGUAAUUUAAUCUACAUCCAAACAUAUUAUAUAGAUUAGAUUUAGAUUAUUCAGAACAGUGGUUCCCAACUGGUUCAGCCACGGGGUCCAGAUUUCUCCCUGGUCAUUAGUUCAAGGUCCACGCAGUUUAAUAUAUUCAGCGUCAUACUUGCGUUUGGCUGGGUCAUUGAGCUAGUUUGCUGUCUGUUAAGUGUCUCACCGUUAGUCACUCACUUUACAGCAGGAAAUCUCUGUGCACCUCUCUGUGGAGAUUUACUGCACUUUUUUUUACAAACUUGACACAUUUGCAAGUCACGGUCCAUUGAGAAUAGACCAGUGACCCACUUUUGAACUACAACCCACCAGUUGGGAACCACUGAUUUAGAGCAUGUGCAUUUGUUCCCACCAAUGAAAACAUGUAAGUAACAGAGAACUUUUUUACACCACAAACUGAUGCAAAUUUAUAUUUUUGUAUUAAGGUGCAUUUAUGUGAAAGAAAUUUCAGAUUUUUUUCUGAUUAUUAAGUGAAAUCAAAUCAAACAAAGUGAAAUCUAAAAGAACAGGCGAUGUUGAAAUGAAAUCUACGCCCUUGUUUGUAUAUAAAAAUAUUAAUUCGUAAAAUAACUAGAAACUAAAAAUUGUACUGUAGUAAAAAAGUACAAUAUUUCCUCCUGACUUGUAGUGGAGUGGAGGUAUAAGGUGGCAAGGAAGAAAACUAUUCAAGUAAAGUACAUGUACCUCAGAUUUGUAUUUAAAGUAUAGAGAAAAUGUACUGUGUUAUAUUCCACUGCUGCUUGCCAGACAGUAA